UAAAAAUAUGAAAAUACUAAUUGUUAGUAAAUUAAUAAAUUUGCUACGUUAAAAUAUCAAUUUACAAAGAAAUUGCGAAAUGUCAAGUGCAAGCAAAUUGGUUGGAAGAAAUGCCAAUACGAAAGUUUAUUGAAGUGUAAAACAAAUCGAAAGCUGAUAAAAUAAAGUGCGCUAUGCAAAGUGUGUUGUUAGCGAAACACAAAGCGUGUGAGUGGCUCCGUGCGCGCUGAUAUCUUGCGGACCCCCCUCCAGCCAACUUCCCCUCCCUUUGGCUGGCAAUUCUUUGUGCGCGUGAAUAACCAAAUUAUAACCAAAUUGAAUGUGACAUUUUGGUUGAACCGAAAACGUUCAGGCUAUGGAGUAGCUGCAGCAUUAAAAAAAAUAGUGGUUAAAUUAAAAAAAUUGAAUGCAAAAAAAAUAAUAAUAAUAAAAAAAUGUGAAAAAAGUGUUUAAGCGCGCAUCGUUGCCGAGAAAAUCAAAAAUUUACACAUUUACCUAUGAAUACCUGUAAAUUCAUGUGAAUAAUUAAACAAAAAACAAUGUGAAAAGCAAAAUCAAAAAAUUCUUGAAAUAAAUGUGUUUUUAUUAAAAAAAAUAAAACCGGUGCUACCCAACCACAUAAUACCAACCGCAUUGUAAGACCACAAAACACAAAAAAAUAUAUUUUUUUAACACUUCAAAAUUAGUGAAAAAGUAAAAAACAAAUUUAACCGUUAACAAUAAAAGCCUACAGCUAUGGGUUUCUCAUCGGCCCUGCAGGGCCGUGCCGCGCACGAGGCAUUAAUCGUGCGCCAAGAUGCCGAACUACGACUUAUGGAGACCAUGAAACGAUCCAUACAAUUGAAAGCCAAAUGCGAUCGGGAAUAUGCGAUCGGUUUGGCUGCGGUUGCACAACAGGGUAUGAAAACUGAUCGCGCCGAUGAAAUGCAAGGCAGCCUCAUAACGAAAGCCUGGCGCUCCUAUAUGGAUGAAUUGGAUCACCAAGCUAAACAAUUCAAAAGCAAUGCAGAACUACUUGAAGUUGUCUGCGAAAAGCUGACACAUUUAUCACAAGAUAAACGUAAAGCACGCAAAGCUUAUCAAGAGGAGCAUGCCAAGAUUGCAGCACGCCUUAAUCAUCUCACAGACGAAGUUGUACGCAAGAAGGCAGAAUAUCAGAAACAUCUGGAGGGUUACAAGGCACUGCGGACGCGCUUUGAGGAACACUACAUAAAAUCCGGUCGCGGUGGUCGAAAAUUGGACGAUGUACGCGAUAAAUACCAGAAAGCCUGCCGCAAACUACAUCUCACCCACAACGAAUAUGUACUCUCCAUCACCGAAGCCGUCGAGGUGGAGAAAGAUUUUCGUACAGUAUUGCUACCCGGUCUGUUGGAGCACCAACAAUCCGUGCAGGAGAGUUUCAUACUAUUGUGGAAGAAUAUACUGCAAGAGACAAGCCAGCAUGGUGACCUCACAUCCGACAAAUUCAAGGAAAUCCAGAAGCGCAUCGACAAUGUGAUAAACAGCAUAAAUCCCAGUGAGGAAUAUCGGGAAUUCACCGAGAAACACAAAACCUCCCCCACCACACCCUUAGUAUUCCAGUUCGACGACGCACUCAUUGAGGAUAUACCCGGCAAAUUGCAAUCGAAUACGCUCACCGUUGAUAAUCUCACAGUCGACUGGCUGCGCUCGCGACUCAUUGACUUGGAAAUGUCCGUGAAGGAUUGCCAGGAGAAACAGCUGAAAAUGAUCGAGCAUGCGAAUGGCGGUUCACCGAUAGCGAACGGCAGCAUAACGCGCAAUGGCAGCACCGCCAGCAAUGGCAUACAAUCGCCCAAAGACAGUCAGAACAGACAAUCGAAGGACCUCAAUGCGUUGCGUUGCCAAGAGAAGCAAAAACAAAAGUUGGUGGACAUGAUUAAGUGCGCUUUGAAUGAAAUUGGCUGCGAGGAAUUGCCAUCUGGCUGUGAUGAUCAUUUGGAACAGAAUUUCAUAGAGAAUAGUUUUAACAACGACCAACAGCAGAACUCGGCCACUUCGACCAAUUCCACAGGCGUAAGUAUUAUCAACGAGUUGCGACGACGCGGUGGCGUGCUCACACUACUACGCGGUAGGCCGUUCAAACGCAAAUCGACACCGCAGCCGACCACGCCCACCGUCAAUCGUAUGCGCACACAACGCUUCAACAAGCUACAACCGCGCUCCCAAAGUCUCGGAUCGUUGUCGGUAAAUACCAGUCCUGCGAAAUAUGAGCCCAUUACUAACCCCUUGCGCAUGGCUACCAGCCUCGAAGCUAACACCAGCUACGGUCUGCAUGACAUCGAUCCCGAUUCUGUGAUCAUGUUCGAUCGUGGCGCCGCUAAUGCAAAAAUGUUUCCCAAGUUGCGACGCACGCAACUCUCAAUGUUGUGUUUGAAUGAAGAGGAGACGCCAACCGCUUUUGUUAUAUCCAUUGAUACUAACCCGAAUGAGCCAGAGUUACACGAUCACACGAACAACAAUAAUAAUAGUAUUAAUAUAUAUGCCGAUUUGUUAGGGGGUUGUGAGUCGUUGGGGGGUGACUGCGACAGUGUUAGAAGUGGUGAGUUAGCUUUGCGACGACAAGAAAACGUGAAAAUCGAAAUCAAUCGGGAAGACAGCACAAGACUAACGGUCGAGUGUGCACGCGAAUUGCGCACAGAGGUGGUGGAGAAGAAGGACUUGGAUGUGGUUUCGGAGAGCAAUAGCAGUGCGACAAUAGUGGCGGGUCCCACGGCUGUUUUAGAAACACAAGUGGCAGUGAAGAACUCAAUCGAUGCGCAUUUGGAUAAAAUCGAUGAAUUGAAUCGUACACUGGAUGAUCGUCUGAAGCGUCAGUUGCCACAAACUGCCACAACACGGCCUCAAUUAAACUUCGAUGCUAUCGAGUCAGCUGAUACUGCCGGAGUCACAACACGCACGAAAACUGCCGAAGAACAGGAGACGCAUUGCUCUUCGAAACGUUCGUCAAGCUCGAGUUCAGACUGCCGAACGUGUGCUACGCGCAAGGAGAAAGAUAGUGACGUUAAUGGUGGUGGUGGCAACACCAAGAAACGCUCCGUUUCAUUCUCACAAAAAUCCAUAAACGCGAUUAUGACCAAUCUCAAGGAGUUCACGAAGAAGAAUGCAAUGCCGAAAGUGCCGAAGACAACCAUUACGUUGGUGGAAUACAAAGAGACUAGCGAUCAGUUUGAGUUAAUCGAUCCUGAGCUGGGCAAGUCAACGCAGAGCAAUGGGCGCGCCAAUGACGGCGCAGAUAAAAACAAUGUAGAAACUGAAAGCGCAGCUACACAGAACACAACAAGUGAGACAGACACCAAGCUAAAGAGUAACGGCAGCGUGACCAAAGAUAAAACGUCAACUAACAACAAUAACAAUCACAACACAACAGCAGAUAAUACAACGAGUACCACAACGCAAACACCGGUGACAGCUGCCACAGCUGAUGCGACCACGAAUCCGUCCAAAACCGAGCCAUUAGCCAUGACCGCUAAGCUACGCCUGAAAGUGCCAAAGAUACAAAAGAAGUCCAAAGCGCUGCGUCAAACGUUCCGCGCCAAGUUACUCAAUUUCCAAAUUAAACGCGAUAAAAUAUGCAAACAAUGCACGAAGCGACGGCGCGUACAUCCGUCCAAGAACAUGUUCGACUUCAGCAAAGACUUCGGUUUCAAGCGCGACGAAGUCAACGCGGAGCACUGCGAUGCAGGCGUUGAAGAAUUCUGCACAUGUCCGCCCGAGAAGUGCACAAAUAAGAUCGCCUUCAUCGAGCCAGCAGCGCACUUCGAUUCGACAAGCUCUGCCGAGGCCGAGGACGAAGGCAGCGGUGGCGAGGAUCGCCUCAGCCUGAAGGAGCACUGCUACAGCGUGCCCAGCUUGGCGAUGAGUAUGUCGCUGUCCACCAAUCGGCCACUGUACGAAGAAGAGUGGUUCCAUGGCGUAUUGCCACGCGAAGAAGUCGUGCGCUUGCUCAACAACGACGGUGAUUUUCUGGUACGCGAGACCAUACGCAACGAAGAGAGUCAAAUUGUGCUCAGCGUUUGUUGGAAUGGUCACAAGCAUUUCAUCGUGCAAACCACAGUCGAUGGGCAUUUCCGUUUCGAAGGACCACCAUUUCCCAGCAUUCAGGAGCUAAUUAUGCAUCAGUAUCAGUCGGAGCUGCCGGUCACAGUUAAAUCGGGUGCCAUCUUGCGACGUGCCAUUUGUCGCGAACGUUGGGAGUUGAGCAAUGAUGAUGUCGUGUUGCUCGAGAAAAUCGGACGUGGUAACUUCGGCGAUGUCUACAAAGCCAAGUUGAAGUCCACAAAACAGGAUGUCGCUGUGAAAACUUGCCGCAUGACCCUGCCCGAUGAACAAAAACGCAAAUUCCUGCAAGAGGGUCGCAUUCUCAAGCAAUACGAUCACCCGAAUAUUGUCAAAUUAAUUGGUAUUUGUGUGCAAAAGCAGCCGAUUAUGAUCGUCAUGGAACUCGUGCCAGGUGGCUCUUUACUAAAUUAUUUGCGUAAGAACUCAAAUUCAUUGACGACACGUCAACAGAUGGGCAUGUGUCGAGACGCAGCGGCUGGUAUGCGCUAUUUGGAAUCUAAAAACUGCAUACAUCGUGAUCUCGCCGCACGUAAUUGUUUGGUUGAUUUCGAAAACUCGGUGAAAAUCUCAGAUUUCGGAAUGUCACGUGAAGAAGAAGAGUAUAUAGUUUCCGAUGGCAUGAAGCAAAUUCCUGUUAAAUGGACAGCGCCGGAGGCAUUAAAUUUCGGCAAAUAUACCUCAUUGUGUGAUGUUUGGUCCUACGGUAUUUUAAUGUGGGAAAUUUUCUCCAAAGGUGACACACCCUACUCGGGUAUGAGUAAUUCACGUGCACGCGAGAGAAUCGAUGCAGGCUAUCGUAUGCCAACGCCUGAAAACACACCGCCCGAAAUGUAUCGGCUAAUGUUAAAGUGCUGGUGCGCCGAAGCUGAAGCACGACCACAUUUCGACGAGAUCUACAACGUUGUCGAUGCACUGAUAAUACGAUUAGACAAUAGUCAUUAGGAAGCAAAUAUAAAUUUAAUGCAAUAAAAAAGAAAGCUAAAUCAUUUAAAUAUUUUCAUACUGCAUAUAUACAUAUACAUACAUAUAUAUUUAAAUAUAGUAAGGAUAAAAAAAAAACAAAUAUUUAAUUAUGCUAAAAUUCAUACAGACACACACAUGUUUGCAUACAGUUAAGGUGAUAUACAUACAUACAUUUACUUAUACUUAACAUAUAAAUACAUGAAGCUGUUUUUACAUACAAAAACAUACAAGAAAGUGAAGGAUGUUCAAGCAGCCGAAUCAAAUUUUAUAUUUUCUAAGCAUAUAUUUCGCGUCUUAAGAUAGACUCUCACUCAUAUUUUGCAUAUACAUAUACACACACACACAUACUAUAUACAAUGUGCGUAAUAACCUGCAUAAUUAUGUAUGUAAUAUGGCGUAGCCGCUUUAGAAUACUCGAUAACUUUAUAAUUGCAACAAGGUGCAGCUGUGUAAAUAUUUUACUUGAAAAGCGAGUGUGCAAGCUAUAAAUAUGCUUACAUAUUUAUGCCUUUAUGUAUGUAAGUAUAUACGUUCAAAUGUUCGCUUUUAUAAACCGCCAGCAAUUUUGUAAAUUUUUAAUUUGCUUUUUCGAAAAUUUAUAGCGGUUAGUUCAUAAAUUUUCGCUGCUAAACUGUACCCUCGAUGUGCCAAAAAAGAAAAACAAAAAAGUUAAUUGAUGUAAACAAUUCAAAGCGUCGAUUUGCAAGCUGUUUAUUUGUAUUUUUAGCGUAGAAUCCUAAGUUUAUUAAUAAACACACACAUACACACAUGUACUGAGCGGGUCAAUAGUGCUUUACAUUGGUUGCAUGAUAUAUGACUUUGAUAACUCUUACCAUAUGUUGGUAAACAAUUAUUUGAAAUUAUUGGUUUUUACAAAAGCUUUUAUUUUAUGUUAGGAAAUUGUAAAAAAUAUAAAAAUAUUCUUAUAGUAUAUAUUAUUGUAAGUUUUAUUCCUUACACUCGUCAAUUUUGCGCAUAAUUAAGAUUAUUUACCGCUGCUCUUUACAACGAAAAAAAAAUUAA